GCAGCCCUGCGCUACGAUGCCAACAACCCCGUCUCAAUCAUUCUUUGCUCGAUAAAAAAUUUUCACCCAAAACGUUGUGUGAGACGAAUUGCGUGUUUUCUCGUAGCUUUGUGGACUUAAUACCAAUAAAACACAAGAGGAAUGUGCAAAGUUCUUGGUAAAUAACUUUUACUUUUUAGUCAGACCAAUUUAAUUGCGAAUUAUGUCGUCCAUUAUAACGCGCAAGGAUGGCGACAGCGACGAACAGAAAUUGGCGAAAAAGCGCGCUGCCGCGUCGGGAGCCGUGCCCGGGGCCGACGGCGUCGAAGCACCAAAGAAAUCUCGCUUCGAUGUCAAGGAGAAAAACGGCGAUGAGCUGCUUCCGACCAUUACAGCCGCCUCUUCGCUGAGCUCCACGCAAAUCAAGCUGAUGAUGGCGCAUGCCCAGCGCGAAAUCGAGGAGAGGAAACGAGCCUUGAGCAACCUGCGGGACAAGGAUCCCCUGCUGGCGUCUGUCCCCUCGAUUGGAAUGCCCGUUGCCCUUGCAACACAGGCGCUAUCGAAGAAGCCGACGCCCGAGGAUGCAGACAAGGCCAGAAAGAUCGCGGAGCUGCAGGCCCAGAUACGUGCCAAGCUAACGGGCAAUCUGGCCAACCUCAUACAGCCCACAGCUGCGGCAGCUGCCGCUGCAGCGGCUGCCCAACAACAGGAGCGUCCCAAACCCCUCAUACUGGAUGAUGAGGGACGCACCGUGGACAAGAGCGGUCGGGCCAUUAACAUACCCACAGUUACGCCCACCCUCAAGGCCAAUAUACGGGCCAAGAAACGCGAAGUGUUCCAGCGUCAGGCGGGGCCCAGCGAGCGAAGCGGUGAGGCAACCGGUUCCACCCAGGACGAUGCCAUCAAGUACUUUGACGACCGCAUCGCUCUCAAGCCGACGGUGCGGAACAAGCGAACGUUGCGCUUUCACGAACCCGGCAAGUUCCAGCAGCUGGCCGAGCGGAUGCGCAUGAAGAGCCAGCUGGAGCGGCUGCAGAACGAAAUAUCGCAGAUAGCCAGGAAGACGGGCAUCUCGUCGGCGACAAAGCUGGCGCUGAUUGCCCCCAAGCAGGACAUGCCCGAUGAUGUGCCGGCCAUGGAGUGGUGGGACUCUGUUAUCCUGACACAGGAUAUGCAGACGCUUGACGAGGGAAGCGGUAAGAUAAGCAUACGCCAGACAGCCAUCAGCAACCUCAUCGAGCAUCCCACUCAAAUGAAGCCGCCAAAUGAGCCGCUGAAGCCGGUCUAUUUGCCCGUAUUCCUCACCAAGAAGGAGCGCAAGAAGCUGCGCCGACAGAAUCGUCGCGAGGCCUGGAAGGAGGAACAGGAGAAGAUACGCCUCGGACUGGUGGCACCACCCGAGCCCAAGUUGCGCAUUUCGAAUCUGAUGCGGGUGCUCGGCUCGGAUGCCGUACAGGACCCCACCAAAAUGGAGCAGCAUGUGCGCGAGCAGAUGGCCAAGCGGCAGAAGGCGCAUGAGGAUGCCAACAAUGCCAGGAAGCUGACCAGCGAGCAGAAGAGCGAGAAGAAGCAGCGCAAGCUGAAGGAGGACACCAGCUGCGGUGUCCAUGUGAGCGUCUAUCGCAUACGCGACCUCCAGGACAACCAGAGCAAGAAGUUCAAGGUGGAGACGAAUGCCAAACAGCUGCAGAUGACGGGAACUGUGGCCCUCUUCCGCGACUGCUGUGUCGUGGUGGUCGAGGGCGGUCCCAAGCAGCAGAAAAAGUACCGCCGCCUCAUGCUGACGCGCAUCAAGUGGGACGAGGAUCUGGCCAAGGGCAACGAUGGCCAGGAUGUGCCCAACUCGUGUGUGUUGGUCUGGGAGGGCACCAGCCAGCGUCGUCACUUUGGCGAGAUCAAAUUCAAGAUCUUUCCCAUGGAGAAAAUGGCCCGCGAAUUCUUUCAGAAGCACCAAGUGGAGCACUACUGGGAUCUGGCCUACUCCGGUGCCGUGCUGGAGGCCUCCACGGAUCAGCAGUAAGACAAAGUCACGUUUCAAAGCAUUUUGGCCUAUUUUUAGCUUGAAAAGUAAACAUUUGAAUUUGGAUAAUAA